CUGUGUUCCACGAAGAUCCCGAGGCCGCCGCUGUGCCAUAUUCAUCUGGGACGAGCUGCACGGGUGACGCACCACAAAUACAGCGACAACAAGUUUUUAUUUCGGAGCCAAGCAACGCCGCCGUCGCAGCUCCAUUUCCCCUGCCAGGAGGGCCUGGUCCCCGGGACGAGAACAAUUUUGCUCAAGCGGACCAACAGAAUUUGGUAGUAAAGGGUCCACCUCGGGGACGGGGCGACGAUCGAGGACGGCGUGGGAAGGGCGCGAACAAGGACCCCUGGCAGAACGUGAAGAUACAGAUCGUCCCACGAACCAGCACGAGCGACCCCGUUGACAAAGAUAAUG